UCGAGUUAUACCAAUCCAAUUAAGGCGUAUAAGAUACCAAAAGAAAGCUCUCAAGACGAGGAAUCCGUGAAGGUCUGGUUUGCAUCAAUCGGAGUAGUGGAAGGUUUCCAAAUCGUCCGAGAAAAACGAAACCUCGCAGAAACGGAUCUACACCUCUAAAGAAACGAGCUAACCGGAAAACACCCAUUCUAGGGGCUGUUUUCGUAUCAACGUUUGAGGGUUGAGCUAGCACUUUGAGGAGGCUGUUUAACACUCAUAUUUAAGCAAGGAAUCAGUUCUUAAUCCACCUUGGCCAAAGCUUUGACCAUUGGAUCAAGAAAGAAAAGUUUAAAGCUCAAUUAAGGUUGAGGCUAGAGCUUGCAUCCUGUGCUCGUUGAUCGAGUGAUCCCUAGGAGAGAAGACUUGGUUCGUGCUUCCUCCAUUCCAUUUGAAACAUUAAUAAAUUUGCUCAUGGAUAUUUUACUAUAGAGCCUGCGUGUUCAUGAAAUGCCUUGUGUGGCCUUCUUGUUUUAAACAAUGUUUUCCGCUGCGUUAUGAAUUACUUAUUAUGUUUGUUUAUGGAUGUAUACGUGUGAAUGAUAUUCAAGACGCCUUGUAUAAUAUGAAUGUGUUGGACUGCGGUUGACUAUUCGUAUUGUACGGCGGAUUGUCGACGUGUCCGGGGAGGUCCGGGGCGUGACAAUUACAAACCCGUGGGAAAAGUUUGCGCGAUUACCCCCCCCAUGCCUACAGUAGUUCUCGAUUCACUAUUAUCUUCUAAUGACAGACUUAUAUUUUAAGAAUUGCGUUAUGAUCAAAGCGCAAUGAUAGCGGAACAUUCUAUGUUGUUCAAUUCUCUUACGGAUGAGCAACUGCAAGUAUAUGAUACAAUAAUGCUGUCUGUUGAUGAAGAGGUUGGUGGUAUAUAUUUUGUUUAUGGCUACGGAGGUUCAGGAAAGACGUUUGUGUGGAAGACCCUUUCUGCAGCCAUUAGGUCUAGAGGUGAGGUUGUCCUUAAUGUUGCAUCGAGUGGUAUUGCAUCUCUUCUGUUGCCGGGAGGACGCACCGCUCACUCUAGAUUUGCAAUACUGAUAAGUCUUAACGAAGACCUCACGUGUCAUAUUAAACAGGGAAGCCCGCUUGCCAAGCUAAUUGUACGGUGUAAGUUGAUUAUAUGGGACGAAGCUCCAAUGUUACAUAGGUUUUGUUUUGAGGCAUUGGAUCAGAGCAUGAGGGACAUUAUGCGGUUCCACAAACCAAAUUGUGGUACUCUUCCAUAUGGUGGAAAAACAAUGGUAUUCAGUGGUGAUUUUCGACAAGUGUUGCCGGUUAUACCGCGUGGGAGUAGGCAGGAUGUCGUCAAUGCAACCAUUAAUUCAUCAUAUCUUUGGUCACAAUGUACUGUCCUCCAACUCACAAAAAAUAUGCGUUUGCAAAACUUGACAAAUCCUUCAGAUUCUUAUGAUUUGAAGUUGUUUUCGGAUUGGAUUGCUAGCGUUGGUGAUGGUGUUGCUGGUGACUUGAAUGAUGGCCAUGUGUUGAUUCCUAUUCCUGACGAUCUAUUGAUACACACUAAUGGAGAUCCUAUAGCUGCGAUAGUAGAAAGCAUAUUUCCAGAAUAUGUUAUAUCUGCAGCAGAUGUUAGUUGUUUGCGUGAUCGUGCAAUUUUGGCACCCACCCUGGCUGUUGUUGAAGCUGUUAAUGAAUAUAUGACGGCGCUUAAUGUUGGCGAAGUUUCAAGAACAUAUCAUAGUUCUGACACUGUUUCUAAGUUGGACUCCACAACAGAUCUUAUGGCAGAACUGCACACUCCUGAGUUCUUAAAUAGUAUAAAAUUGUCUGGUGUGCCGAAUCAUGAGUUGACGUUAAAGGUUGGGACCCCGGUCAUGCUGUUGAGAAAUAUAGAUCAUUCUAUGGGGUUGUGUAAUGGUACACGUCUUAUUCUAACGAGACUUGGUGAUCAUGUUUUGGAGGGGAAGAUUUUGACUGGUGUGAGUGCCGGACAGAAAGUCCUGAUUCCAAGAUUGUCUUUGACGCCAUCGGAUACUUCCUUACCUUUCAAAUUUCAGCGGCGCCAGUACCCUAUAAUGACGUCAUACGCGAUGACGAUAAAUAAAAGUCAAGGUCAAUCUUUGUCCCGUGUUGGGCUGUUAUUACAAAAACCUGUAUUUACUCACGGACAAUUGUAUGUUGCAAUUUCUAGGGUGACCAACCGAUGUGGUUUGAA